CUGAAAUACCCAAAUCCAAUCCAAGUAAAGAAAAAAAAAACUAAAUAAAAAGAAAAUAUUAUUUCCCUUUUUUUUUUUGUUUUUUUAAUAUAAAUUAAUUAAUGCUUAUAAUAACUUGGAUCAUCCCUGCAAAAGAUCGUGUGAAAGCUGUUAAACCGCCCUCACUUUGCUAAACCCAUUUUAAACAAACACCGUUCAAUCUUUCUUUCUCUUUUUUUUUUUUUUUUUGAAAUCUUCAAUUCAAACAACGAAGGCAGAGACUUUCAUAAGAAAACCCAAUAGAAAGAAAAACCCAGAAAGGUUAUAGUUUCAGAAAAGCAAAAACAGAGCAAAAAUGGAAGAAGGCAACAGCAACAACACCAUAGUAAACAAUGUGGCCAGAGCCAUUGUUGCAGCCCUUGAUUGGAACUCUACUCCUGAUGCUCGCAAAGCUGCCGUUUCUUAUCUUGAAUCCAUCAAAGCAGGAGAUAUUUGGGUUUUGGCAAACACAUCAUUCCUUUUGGUAAAAAAAGAUUGGUCUUCAGAAAUUCGGUUGCAUGCAUUUAAAAUGCUGCAGCACUUGGUUCGGUUGCGGUGGGAGGAAUUCGGUCCUUUAGAACGUAGGAACUUUGCAAAUGUGGCUGUUGAGUUGAUGUCUGAAAUUGCCGAUCCUUGUGAGGAAUGGGCUUUGAAAAGUCAAACAGCUGCCCUUGUUGCCGAGAUAGUUAGAAGAGAAGGACUAAAUCUAUGGCAAGAGCUGUUUCCUUCUCUAGUUUCCCUAUCCAGCAAGGGCCCUGUACAAGCUGAGUUGGUCUCAAUGAUGCUGAGAUGGCUUCCUGAAGAUAUUACAGUCCACAAUGAAGAUUUGGAAGGUGAUCGGCGUAGAUUAUUGUUACGUGGGCUUACUCAAUCUUUGCCAGAAAUUUUGCCACUACUGUACACAUUAUUGGAAAGGCAUUUUGGAGCUGCAUUGAGUGAGGUGGGUAGACAACAACUGGACGUUGCAAAACAGCAUGCAGCUGCUGUAACAGCUACUUUAAAUGCUAUAAAUGCCUACGCUGAAUGGGCUCCUUUGUCUGAUCUUGCUAAAUAUGGCAUCAUUCAUGGGUGUGGUUUCCUACUUUCUUCUCCGGAUUUUCAUCUUCAUGCUUGUGAGUUUUUCAAAUUUGUCUCUCCAAGAAAGAGACCUGCUGAUGACUCUGCUUCUGAAUUUGAUUCUGCAAUGAGUAGCAUCUUUCAAAUCUUGAUGAAUGUAUCCAGAGAAUUUUUGGUUAGAUCUAGCUCAACAGGUGGGGCUAUAGAUGAAAGUGACUAUGAGUUUGCAGAAUAUGUAUGUGAAAGUAUGGUGUCUUUGGGUUCCUCAAACUUGCAAUGUAUUGUCGGAGAUACCACUACAUUCUCUCUCUAUUUACAGCAGAUGCUGUGGUUUUUUCAACAUUUUAAGCUAGCUCUUCAUUAUCAAUCCCUGCAAUUUUGGUUGGCACUAAUGAGGGAUUUGAUGUCAAAGCCAAAGCUUUCAGUUAAUUCAUCUGGAGAUGAGCCAGCUGCUACCAAUGUGGGCUCUACUUCAGCUCAGGUUGAUAAUGAAAAGAGAAAGAUUUUAAGUUUUCUAAAUGAUGAUAUUUGUAGUACAAUUCUGGAUAUAUCUUUCCAACGCAUGCUUAAGAAAGAAAAGCUUAUCAGUGGCUCAGCCCUUUCUCUGGGGGUUUUGGAGUUGUGGAGUGAUGAUUUUGAAGGCAAGGGUGAUUUUGGCCAGUAUCGUUCUAGACUGUUUGAGUUAAUCAAGUUUAUUGCUUCAAACAAGCCUCUUGUGGCUGGUGCUAAAGUUUCUGAAAGAAUUAUUAUGAUCAUUAAGAACCUCUUGAAUUCUCCAACGCCUGCUCAGGACUUAGCUGUGAUGGAAAGCAUGCAAGUGGCUCUGGAAAGUGUUGUUAGCUCUAUUUUUGAUGGAUCAAAUGAGUUUGCCGGCGGUAGUUCAGAAGUUCACCUGGCUGUGUGUAGAAUAUUUGAAGGUUUACUUCGGGAACUACUUUCUCUGAAUUGGACUGAGCCUGCCCUUGUGGAAGCACUCGGGCACUAUCUAGAUGCAAUGGGUCCCUUCCUCAAGUAUUUCCCGGAUGCAGUUGGUAGUGUCAUCAAUAAGCUUUUUGAGCUCCUAAAUUCACUUCCUUUCGUUGUUAAGGAUCCUUCAACGAGCAGUGCGCGACAUGCAAGGUUGCAGAUUUGUACAUCAUUUAUUCGAAUAGCCAAAGCUGCUGAUAAAAGUAUUCUGCCUCAUAUGAAGGGUAUUGCUGAUACCAUGGCAUAUUUGCAAGGAGAAGGUUGUUUGCUUCGUGGUGAACAUAAUCUUUUAGGUGAAGCAUUUCUUGUCAUGGCUUCUUCUGCUGGGAGUCAACAGCAGCAAGAAGUUUUAGCGUGGUUACUUGAACCCUUGAGCCAACAGUGGAUACAAAUAGAGUGGCAAAAUAAUUACUUGUCUGAACCUCUUGGUCUAGUUCGUUUAUGCUCUGAGACAGCAUUUAUGUGGUCACUUUUUCACACUGUGACAUUUUUUGAGAAAGCACUUAAGAGGAGUGGUAUGAGGAAAGGCAAUUUUAACUUACAAAACAGCUCAUCAGCAACUUCUAUCCCACAUCCAAUAGCUUCUCAUCUGUCGUGGAUGCUUCCUCCUCUCUUAAAACUGCUUCGUGGUAUACAUUCGCUUUGGUCACCAUCCAUAUUCCAAAUAUUACCUGGAGAAAUUAAAGCAGCAAUGAGUAUGAGUGAUGUGGAGCGAUCCAGUCUUCUUGGUGGUGGGAACCCCAAAUUGUUUAAGGGUGCACUGACUUUCAUAGAUGGAUCUCAGUUUGAUGUGAAUAAGGAAGGAUAUACAGAACCAAAUGAAGCUGACAUACGAAAUUGGUUAAAGGGUAUCAGAGACAGUGGGUACAAUGUAUUGGGCCUUUCUACAACCAUUGGAGAUCCAUUUUUCAAAUGCAUGGACAUUGAUUCUGUUGCUUUAGCUCUAAUCGAGAAUAUACAUUCAAUGGAGUUCAGACAUACAAGGCAGCUUGUUCAUUCUGUUUUGAUUCCUCUGGUUAAGUCCUGUCCUCCAGAUGCAUGGGAGGUAUGGCUGGAAAAGCUACUGCACCCAUUAUUUGUCCACUGUCAGCAAGCUCUGAGCUGUUCAUGGUCUAGUCUUUUGCAUGAAGGCCGGGCAAAGGUUCCAGAUAAUCAUGAUAUUCUCACUGGAUCAGACUUGAAAGUUGAAGUAAUGGAGGAGAAAUUACUUAGAGAUUUAACUCGUGAGAUAUGUUUGCUCCUCUCUACUAUAGCGUCACCUGGAUUAAAUGCUAGCCUUCCUUCUUUAGAACAUUCUGGGCAUGUUGGCCGCGUGGACAUGUCUUCUCUGAAAGAUUUGGAUGCAUUUGCAUCAAGCUCUAUGGUUGGCUACCUUUUGAAGCACAAGAACCUGGCAAUUCCAGUAUUGCAGAUUUCAUUAGAAGCAUUUACUUGGACAGACAGUGAAGCUGUGAUCAAAGUUUGUUCUUUCUCUGCUGCUGUGGUUCUUCUAGCUAUAUAUACAAACAAUGUGGAUCUCCGAGAAUUUGUUUCAAGAGAUCUAUUUUCUGCAGUCAUCCGAGGUCUGGCCCUUGAGUCAAAUGCUAUUAUCAGUGCUGAUCUGGUUAAUCUCUGUCGUGAAAUAUUUAUAUAUCUCUGUGACACAGAUCCAGCUCCCAGGCAGAUUUUACUCUCCCUUCCUUGUAUUAGCCCGAACGAUUUACAUGCCUUUGAAGAAGCCUUGACAAAGACUGCUAGUCCUAAAGAACAAAAGCAGCAUAUGAGGAGCUUGCUUUUAUUAGCUACUGGGAAUAACUUAAAAGCUCUUGCUGCUCAGAAAAAUGUAAACGUUAUAACAAAUGUUACAGCGAGGCCACGCAGUUCAGUCAAUGCUCCAGAAAAUAGAAUUGACCAGGGCCAGGGGGACACUAUAGGCUUGGCAGCCAUUUUGUGAUGGAAUUGCAGAUUUGGUGUUGUACAGAAAGUUUAACCAGGAAAAAGGAAAAGAAAAAGAAACAUCUUUGACAGAGAUGGAAAGCUUUUUUUUUUUUUUGGUAUUUAUCAGAGUUGUGAAAUCGAUUCAUCCACCUGUUGUGGUCUCAAAUAGAAAGUAGAUGGCAUUACCCUUGUGAUUCUGUCACCAUGUAUAUUAUCUUAAUAUUUCUUUCAUCUCUUUAGCUGAUUCUGAAAUCAAACUAAUAUUUUUGGUGGUGGCAAUCUUUGCAAUCUGGUAUUCCUUGUUUAAAGUUGGCCUGUCUUAUGCCUAUGAUGGCAUGCAGCCAAUCAUUGAGGGUUAUUAUUAUUAUUUUUUGGCCACGCGCUCGAAAGCAGACCAGCUGAUUUGUAGAUAAGAUUCCAACAAUAGAUCACACGAUCGAUUUGACUGACAGAUUUGGAGAUGGAUGGAACCUGAUAGAACUUUUCAAUUGCCUCAUCGGUGAUUUUCACACUGCAGAACACUUGCCAGGUUUCUUAACGGGAAGGGAGCUCUCUCUGAAUGCACAGAAGUUAGUAAGGACAAGAAAAACUGUAAUGGUUGGGAUACAAGAACCCAAGUAUGGAUUGCCCAUUUCAUUUUAGUUCAUUACUAAUUGAAGGUAGUGUGAAAGCAAGCUUUUAAAAGAGAAAAAAUAACUAGUUUAUGAUUGUUUACUUAUUUAGUUAUUGUCAAUCAUCUUUUGAGUCUCACCUAAGAUGACAGGAUAAAAAAGUAUGCGGAAAAUCGUUUGCCAUGGGAAACGUGAUACAUUAAAAACAGUUUUAAGGGAAAUUCAAACAGGUUUUGAGAAUGGUAGGUUUGAGAAGAAUGGCAGUUGGAGAACUAGACUUUAACAUGGCAGAUAAAGUGCAUUGGUAGAUGGGAUUGGAUCCUUCUAGUCUAAGUAAAGAUAAACUGCCUAUAAAAAUCCCCUCCCAAAGCCUUGGUAGCAUUAUCAACUCCAACAGCAUUUUCCAUCUUAGCAUUUGUUUUGUAAGAGGCUAACCUUUUUUUAUUUUUUUAUUUUGUGCUUCCAAGUGUGGAAGUUUAGAAGUUGUUGCUAGGGAGAAAAUGGGGCCAGGGGGACCAGGAGGGCCACCGGGGUGGGGCGGUCCUCCGCCAGGGCCCGGGUUUUUCGGAGGUUUUUGUGAUAUUAUUGGUGCCUGUGCCAACUUUCUGUGCUGCUGCUGGUUGCUUCAAGACUGUUUUGGUGGUCCAAUGGGUCCACCUGGGCCUCCUGGACCACCAGGAUUUGGACCUCCACCAUAACCACCAGAUUUCUACCUCCUCCAAAUACAACUGCUCUCUGGGAUUUCACCUACCUAUCUAUAUGUAAUGUGUACUAAUAAUUUGUUGCAUUAAUUUUAGUAGAAUUUAUGCUUUUGAGA